AUCGCGUCACUCUAAGUCGAAGGUCAAGAGCGAAGCAGCAUGGCCGCUCUGUUGAGGGGUUCGAGGUGUCUAGUAGGAAAGUGUCAUAACCAUGUCAGCGCCGUGCUGGUCUCCAUCAGGUCCAUGGCCUCUAAAACCCAGGUGGGCUUCAUUGGCCUGGGGAACAUGGGAAACCCAAUGGCAAAGAACCUCAUAAAACAUGGAUAUCCAGUGAUAGCCUCAGAUGUAUUUCCAGAGUCCUGCAAAGAGUUACAGGAGCUUGGAGCUCAGAUCCUGGAUAACCCUGCGGAUGUGGCGGACAAGGCAGAUCGUAUCAUCACAAUGCUUCCCUCCAGCCCCAAUGUUGUAGAGGUGUAUACAGGCGCAAAUGGUAUUCUGAAGAAAGUGAAGAAGGGAUCCCUACUCAUUGAUUCCAGCACUAUUGAUCCAGCUGUCUCCAAGGAGAUGGCAGUUGCUGCAGAAAAAGUGGGAGCUGUUUUUAUGGAUGCCCCAGUGUCUGGAGGUGUUGGUGCUGCUAAUUCAGGUAAGCUCACCUUUAUGGUGGGUGGGCCAGAGGAGGAGUUCACUGCAGCCAAGGAGCUUCUGACCUGCAUGGGCGCUAAUGUGGUGUACUGCGGCCAGGUUGGCACUGGACAGGCAGCUAAAAUCUGCAACAAUAUGCUGCUGGCCAUUGGGAUGAUUGGAACAGCAGAGACCAUGAACUUGGGAAUCAGAUUAGGGCUUGAUCCGAAGCUUCUUGCAAAGAUCUUAAACAUGAGCUCUGGCCGCUGCUGGUCAAGUGACACAUACAACCCUGUCCCGGGAGUGAUGGAGGGAGUGCCCUCAGCAAACAACUACCAGGGUGGCUUUGGAACUACACUAAUGGCCAAGGAUUUGGGACUUGCUCAGAAUACAGCAACCAACACAAAGACCCCAGUGCCGUUGGGCUCUCUGGCCCAUCAGAUUUACCGUAUGAUGUGCGCACGUGGCUACGCCAACAAAGACUUCUCAUCUGUCUUCCAGUUCCUACGAGAAGAGGAGGGCCAGUAGAUGGCAACACUCUAUGCCCCUUCCACAGCCUUACCCAGCACUACCUGCCUUGCACAUGUCCUGACUUGCAAAACUUUGACCCAACUAUGUGAUUUCAUUGACAUGCAUGUGCUGGGAGCCAUGAAUGAUUGAGUGAAUGAAUUAAUACAUGUGUAGAUUGAAAAGACUGUGUGUUUGUACUGGUUUGUUUUAGGCUGUAAGUGGAAUUAUGUUACUCAUGUGGGCCUACCAUGUACAAUUAGUAAUCCACCAAUUAAUUAAUCAGAUGCUGUGAAUUGAAGUUUUGUUCUGACUUUUUCUUACCUGUUAUGUAGGUUAACGAAAGAUUAAAAAUUUAUCAUUUCAUUCACAAACACUCAAGCCAUGACACUCCUUAAAGGUUUCUGAUAGCAAACCGGUUUGCAUAUGUACAAUUUUAGUUCUCAAUGUGUCUUGAGUCAUAUUUGGGGUUGGCUACUGUUGGUAAUUGUAAGUGGUGUUGGAUCUACAUCGUACUCAUGUAAAUUUAAAACACCUGGGAAUUAAAGCAGGAAAAAAUCUGUUGAUUUGA